AUGUCGACCUCUCCCGAUGCCGUGGACGCGCCCAUGUUCGUCGUGUCUUCUUGUCCGCCGCCAGACGAUCUAUGGAUGGCCCAACAGACAUCCACUUCCUCCACCACCACAGUUGUCACCACCCACCAGCCGCGGGUCCUCUUCUCUCGACUUACAGGCCAAGUCGUUGAACCGCUUCCAUUCGCCGACACACUCGGCUCCCCCGACGACGUGUUGCGGUCCCUGGCCCACGCCGAUGCUCCUUUCCGCGCCAACCCUACGUCCAACACGAAUCAAAUGCCACUCCUCCGCACGGUGUGA